GGAAACGCUCUCGCGUCCUCUCUCUGCGCCUGCUCUGCAGGGUGCGGGAACCACCGCGGGAGGAGAGGGCAGCGCCGGCGCCCAGCACCUGCCACAGGCUGAAGUCUGUAAGCCUGGAGAGGCCUUCAGCAGUAAUCUCCAAAUUCCAAAAUGACCACCCUGCCCCCACUGCCCAUGACACGCCCAAAGCUUACGGCCUUAGCCAGACAGAAGCUGCCAUGUUCCCCCAGAACAAUUCCAAGGUCUCAGUUGAUCAAAGAAAAAGACGACAUAGAUCAUUAUCUGGAGUUGAAUUUCAAAGGACUGUCAAAAGAGGAGGUUGCUGCUUACCGGAACUCAUACAAGAAGAACAUCUGUGUGGACAUGCUGCGAGAUGGUUAUCAUAAGUCUUUUACUGAGCUCUUUGCUCUGAUGGAGAAGUGGGAUGCCCUGAGGGAGGCUGCAAAAGUAAGGUCCCUCUUCUGGCUGCAGAGACCCCUGGAAGAGCAGCCUGACAAGCUGGAUCACUUCUACUACUACCUGACCAGGGCCGAAGCAGCUGAAAGGAAAGAAUACUUUGAAGAGGUCUAUAAUAACUUGUAUGCUCUGGCCUGUUACUUCAAUAAUUCUGAAGACAAGUGGGUAAGGAACCACUUCUAUGAACGAUGUUUUAAGAUUGCUCAACUCAUCAAAAUUGACGGUGGGAAGAAGGAAGCCGAGGCGCACGCACACAUGGGGCUGCUCUUCGAGGAGGAUGGUCAGCUUCUGGAAGCUGCAGAGCAUUAUGAGGCCUUCCAUCAAUUGACGCAGGGACGGAUAUGGAAGGAUGAGACAGGCCGCGUUCUCAACUUGUUGGCCUGUGAGAGUCUCCUGAGGACUUACAGAUUGCUCUCAGACAAAAUGCUGGAAAAUAAAGAAUACAAACAGGCCAUCAGAAUUCUAAUAAAAGCUUCUGAAAUAGCCAAAGAAGGAAAUGACAAAAAGAUGGAAGAAGAAGCUUCCUAUUACUUGGGCUUAGCUCACUUGGCUGCUGGAGAGUAUGAAACAGCAUUAGCAGUCCUUAACAUUUAUGGUAAAAUCUCUACAGACCUGGAUGAUGAUCUCAGCCUGGGGAGAGCCUAUGAAGCAACAGCCAAGGUCCUGCAGAGCCAAGGACAGAUGGCAGAAGCAGUCAAAUACUUGAAAAAAGUUGUGAAAAUUGCAAGAAACAAUUUUCAAAGCCUAGAUUUUGUGAGAGCAAGUACAAUGCUUGGAGACAUCUACAACGAAAAAGGAUACUACAACAAAGCUUCUGAAUACUUUCAGCAAGCUUAUGACACGACAGCAGAGAUAACGAACAUACCUCUGAUGGAUGAGACAAAAGUUCAUUAUGGAAUAGCAAAAGCUCAUCAGAUGAUGCUGACCAUUAAUAGUUAUAUAGAAUCUGCAGAUCUCACCAGCCUUGACUACCUGCUGUCAUGGAAGGAGAGUAGAAGUGACAUUGCACCUGAUCCGACUAUUGGAGGGUCUAGAAGAUCCACAAUGGAAAGUUUAUAUCAAACCUCAGAAUUUUCGGAAGAGGACCUCAGUGGAUUUCCAGAUAAUCAAAAAAAAUGAGACUUAAACCAACUUUUGACUCAACAACAAAUCAAGAAGUAAUUUAUCAUAUCACUUCAGUCUUUGAUACCUGUAAUAUGAGUAUGUUACAAAUAAUAGAGUUAUAAUAAA